AUGUCGUUGCACAUCUACAUUGCCCACACGGGUGAGCAUUUCCUGGCUGAUCCGGUAGCCUUUGCAUCUCCGGAUGCCUUGAAGUCAUGGAUUGUUCGCAACACCUCUAUUCAGCCUCAUAGGCAAAUAUUGAUGACAGCUCGUGGGAAGAACGUUAAGAUUCAAACGCUUGCCACCGAGAACGAGAUCUUCGUAUAUGACCGACAAUACAUCAGCGAUCCCGGCGAUGUCGAAUUCCCGGAGCUUCCUCCGCCAGAACAUUUCCAGCCUGGCAGUCCUCCAGCGACCCUCAAAGACCAGAAUGACCUUCAAGCGUGGCGGAAUCUCUACAUGGCGCGACGCAGCUGGGCAAUGGACUUGUCCAGCCGCUGUGGCUCGAUUGAUAAGAGCCUCCGAGAACAUAACGAGCGGACCGAUGUCAUAAAUCGUGCAGUGGGCGUGGCUCUCGAGAACCUCAAGUCCCAUGUGGGGAACCUAGAGCACCGGUUCCAAGAAGCACAGUCAUGGGCGAACAACCUCCUCGAAGAGCAAAAGGCCGCUCUCGAUGGCUGGCAGCGAGCUCUUUCCACGUUGGAUGACAUUCCGGCUCGCAAAGACUUCCCACUUCUUGGACGUCCGUCCACACCUAAGAUGGACAAGGAUAGACCAACCGGGACGCUCCGUGACUUUGUCGAUGUGGGUGAGGCUCAGCGGGCCGGGUCGGAGGCAGAGGGCGUGUCAUCGGCCUUUAGAAGCAACGUCCAUGAUAUUGGAAACACCAUCGCUGACAUUGCCUCGGAUACCCAACGAUUGGUCGACGAAGCGUUCUCUUCAAAUGGAGCCAGUGUAGAUGGGCUCUUGGAAGAAAUGGAAACGAUUGCCAAGAAGAUUGGGUCGGAUUAUGAGCAUGUUCUCAGCCUUCCAAACAAUCAGAAGAACUUGGCCAAUAUUUCCAGACUUGCAUUCAGUCAUACACAGGACCUUCUUCCCUCGUUAUUGGAGAUCAGUGUCGAGCUUCAAACUGCACUGGAGCAUGCUGUGCAGCGUCGAGGGGCCGCUGAGAAAACUGCCAUUGAGCAUAUGCGCGCUAUCUCCUCCCUUGAGUCCCGACUUGCCGAUGCACAUUCACGAUUGGUCAAUUUGGACGUGGGUAGCAACGCAUUUGAUGUGAUCUACUCUGUCUUCCAGAUGCCAAUGGUGUAUGGGUCUAUUCUCAUUGAAUCAGUGCGGCGGCGGGAGUGGAGUGAUAAGAUCAAGACUGACUCACUGACGCUGGCCGAGGAGAUGGCUAUCUUGCGAGACGAGGAACAGCGCAGAAGAAAGAAGUGGCUGAAAAACAUGAGUGACUUCGUUACCGUGACUGAUUCCACAGCUCCAGGUCUUGAAGUCAACCUCCAGGGCCAAGAUGACGAAUGGCCGGAGGUAGCUCGCAAAGAGAUCGAGUGCUAUAUCGACGAUCUAAAGACGAAUCAUUCCUUGACGAAAGUGGCAGACGACUUGAGUCAGCAACUCAAGGAGCUGGACGCACCAAGCCGACAGCAAAGACGACGCGCGAAAGCUUUCAAACAGGGAAGUGUGUUUGAUUUGAGCCGGAGCUCCAUUCUACGCGCCGAUGACUCUGUCCGCAGUCUGCAAGAAGAGAAGACAAAACUGGAAGAGAAGCUCAGAGGGUCAGACAGCCGUGUCCGAAAGCUGGAAGAUCUCCUCCAUCGACAGAGUCAUCUUAGCCGGCCCUCAAGCGGCAAUUUUGGCGCGCCGGACUUCCCUAGUUCACCUGCGUCUCCGCACCCUGAUGCACUCUCAAGACGAUCUUCGGUCUCCUCAAGACGGGUAUCAGCAACCCAGUCUCCGGAAGACAAAGCACUUGUUCAGCGCAUUGUUGCCCUUGAAGCGGAGUUAGCGACGGAGAGAGACGUCGUCCAACGACUUCACAAGGAAGCCCACGCUGAGCGUCAAACUAACUCUGACAAGUAUCAAGAAGCCCAAUCCACUAAGAAGGACCUUAUUGGCAACCUAGAAGCCCGCCAGCGCGAGUUCGAGGAUGAACGCCGAUUCCUGGACUCGGAGCUAAAGAAGUACAAACUCCGCAACGAGGAAAUGGAAGAAGAGCUUGAUAGACUCAUGGAUAGCCGAGAACAUGGCAAACGAGAAACAGAUGAGCAGAUACACCAGCUUGAGAUUGAGCUGCAAACUGCUCAUGCCAAUGCCGCUGAUGAGGCACAGAAGAUUGUCGAUCUUGAUGCGAAUAUCACUGGCCUCAAUUCACAUAUAAACGAUCUUAAUGCGCAGAUUCAAGCUCGACAAGAGAAUGAAGAUGGACUGAAGACGAGAAUCGAUGAGUUCGAACACCGCCAAGCGGAGUUGGAGCAAAAGAAUCAGGAUAACUACCAGGCUCUUGAGGCUAUCUUCAUGAAUCUCUCUCCUGGAAGCACCGUGCCCACUGAACUUCCCGACAUCAUCAAGUCUAUUGAAGUUCUCUCUGAGGGCCUUUCGAUCCAUGCUCGCAGUGCGGAAACGAAUGCCACCCAGGCUAUCGCUGAGAACAAGAUUCUUGAAGAACGAAUUACUCAAUUCGAGACGGAGGCGGAGGAGCAGACGAAGAACUUCCAAGAUUGCGAGGUCCAAUUGUCUCGGUUGAACGAAGAACUAUCACAGGAACGAUCAAAGCUCGCGAGGUUGACUGGUGAACUGGACCAAGAACGCUCGAAGUUCAAUGCUCUGCAUGAUCAAAUAACGGCCGAAGAGAGUAGCCCCGAAGCUCUGCGCGAACGAAUUGCCGAAGGGGAACGAAAACACGCCGACUUGUCACGACAACUGGCUGAAUCUGAGUUCCAGGCCCAAAGCUUGAAAGAUCAAGCGGCAGAAUGGGAAGGCAAAGCCGGCAUGACUUCAGAGACGGAACAGCAGGCCGUGGCCCGGCUCGAAGCUCGAGGCACUAAGUCCCAUGAGCUUUCAAGGCAGCUUUUCGCGCAGGUUGAGAAACUUGGAAGAAUGCUCGAGCAGUUGGGUUUCACAGUUAUUCAGCAGGAUGGCCAGCUCACUGUCCAGCGCGCUUCCAAGCUCAGUGCCUCAUUAAGCUUGGGCGAAAGCCUCGCCCAGUCAGGAAUUGUCUCUAUGAAACCAGAUGCGGUGCUCCUUAGCUGGAUGCAAGCCGAAAGUCCGGAGGACGAGGAGACUCAAUUCUCGGCUUUCAUGCAAAACUUGGCUCAAUUCGACGUCGCCGUGUUUGGAGAUGUCGUCGUCAAACGCGUCAAGGAUAUCGAAGUGUUAGCUCGUAAGUGGCAGAAGGAAGCUCGAGGCUACCGUGAUAAAUACCAUCGAGUUCAGAGCGAAGCACACGACAAGAUUGCCUAUCGAUCUUUCAAAGAAGGUGAUCUUGCUCUCUUCUUACCCACACGAAACCAAGCUAUCCGCUCCUGGGCGGCUUUCAAUGUCGGCGCGCCACACUAUUUCCUGCGUGAACAAGACACGCACAAGCUCCAAGCUCGGGACUGGCUUCUCGCCCGCAUCACGAAGAUCGAGGAGCGCGUGGUUGAUCUUUCCAAGUCCUUGAAUGGUGUCGCACCGGAUCGUCGCUCUCUUGGAGACGCCAGUGACGGCGCCUCCCUAGACGACGAAAAUCCAUUUGAACUAUCAGACGGUCUACGCUGGUACCUCCUCGAAGCCGUAGAGGAGAAACCCGGGGCACCUGCGACCCCAGGUCUAGCAAAGAGCACAGUUGCCUCCAACAAUGUCGAUGCUAAAGGCAGCAUUCGUCUGAAGCGACCUACGGACGAAGGUACUGUUGCAAAGACCCUCUCAAGGAGCCUUGACAGCCGCCGUGAAAGUGCCAACUCCAAACGUGGAACGCCUACACCAUCUCAGCACGCCUUCGAGUCCACGACGGAUCUCGUGCGCCCUGCUGAAAGUGAUGCCGGCUCGCAGCCUCGAGAGGCUGCCCCGAUCUUCGACGAGGUUCGCCGUGACCUACUCUCCGGCCCGUGA